GCGACGGCAGGUUGGAGGAAUGCUCGGAGGCUAACGAUAGCAACGUACACAAAUAGGGAAAUAAUUCACUUUCGCUCCUCGCAGACGCGCCGGGGGUCUACCCGAACCAGCGGGAGGACACCAUUUUCACUAAACCCUCCGUUUCCUGCCUUUUUCCCUCCGAGGCGAACAGCGAUCACGACAGAGCCCCGCUAAUCCCGGGAAGAGGGACGCGGCCUGCUUUUGUAGCCGGCUUGUCGGUGCAGCUCUGGCGGCUAGCACUGUCACCAGAGCCCGGGGCUUCCGCUGGCUAAUUUUUCCUCACGCCGACAAAAGCGUCGCGGCGUCGAAAUAAUUUUCGUUCGGACCGCCUCUGCCUCGCUUCCGCCGGCGCGCUUUCGCGUCCCCGUGCGGCUGUCGGCUCCUCUCGCCUCGGAGCGGCGUUUGAAGCCGGGGCGGCCUGUUUUGUUUUCGAGCCGCCAUGAAUCUCUGCGAACAAUAACACAGCCAUAACGAGCCUGCUGGGGCUGCACAGCCGCCAGAAACGCGAGCCGCGGAUGCCCCGGUGCGGGAUGCUUAACGCACUGUGCGCUGCCAGCCACGCACGGACGUGAGGACCCCGGGACGAGCAUGCUUGUGGACUAUGGAUCUCCGUGGAAAGCCGUCGCGUAGAGGAGCACUUUGUCACCAGAGCCCCGGUUUGAAUUUGAAUUUAGCAGCUGCCGCCGCUGCUCUUGCGAGCUAGCCCCGCUGCACUUCGCUCUCACUGGAGGCCGCCGGAGGAGGAGAGGAUCCCCGCAGGAUGCUUUGUCUCAUCGGAACUCGCUCACGGUGUGUAAACGAGCCGAACCGGCGCAGAUGAGCGGACAUUGAAUGCGCCCUGACCGCCGCCGCCGCUCCCCCAGCCGGGACCGCACACCGGAGGAUGGAUUGGAUGUGACUCGGGGAUGUGUAACGUGGAUCCCUCCGUGCACAGACUGCUUCACAUGUGGGAUUUAGCGACGAGGAACUGAAGCCGUAUGCAUCCCUCUCUAUGCCCUCCUUAAAGCCGCCGGACUCCCCUGUUCAAAGCGGCGUCUCCAGCUCACGGAUCGGCUUGUUUGUGUUCCCGUGUGACUCUCUUUCCCUGACGUGUCAGUACACCUUCUAACGGACCGGACCGGCCCGGAGCCCCGGGCCAGGCAGCUGAGAUGAACCCGGUGAAUGCCACCUCUCUCUACGUGUCCGCGAGCCGUUCGGUGCUGCAGUGCGACCCCCGAGACCCCCGGGCCCUGGCGGAGCUCUGCAAGCUGCUGCCGUUCUUCCGCCAGUCCCUGUCCUGCCUGGUCUGCGGUAACCUGCUGCAGGACCCCAUCGCUCCCACCAACUCCUCAUGUCAGCACUACGUCUGUCGAGGCUGUAAAGGCCAGAGGAUGCAGCUGAAGCCGUCCUGUAGUUGGUGCAAGGACUACUCCUGCUUCGAGGAGAACAAGCAGCUGUCGCUGCUCGUCAACUGUUACAAGAAGCUGUGUCUCUACAUCACGCAGUCGCCGCUCGCCCCCCACAUAGCCAGCGCCGCCACCGACUCGCCGGACCUCCAGGCCAUCCUCAACGAGGGUCUCACGCUGGCGGAGAGCGAGCCGGAGGCGGAGGGCGAGGCGGAGGCGGAGGACGUCUCGGACUCGCUGGCCCCGUCGCAGGCGGCGUCCACCUCCGAGGUGAGCCAGCCCGACGAGGCCCCGCCCACCCGGGAGCUCGCGGGGGAGGAGCCGAGCCCCGUGAGCGUCAACGGACUGCACGACUGCAACGGCCUGGUCGGCUCGGACGCGUUGCAGCCCAUCGCCAUGGAGACGGACGGAGCGGCCCGGAAGCAGGAGGGCUUCUCCGAGGCCGUGCCCGUGUGCGUGAGCGUGACGGCCGCGGAGGAGGCGGGACUUUGUGACAUCACCUCGUUUGGCGACGAGCUGAAACACAAUACGGGGCCUUUGUUGUUAAGCGUGGAGGAGGUGCUAAGGACUCUGGAGACCGACGCCGUCCCAGACCCGACGCCCGAGCCCACCCCCCAGCCGGACUGCCACCCCUCCGUUCCCCAGCCGGACCUCAACGGGCCGCACUGCCCGUCGGGGCCCGACUCCUCCCGCCUCAUCCCCUCCCUGCCCCCGGAGAACAGCCCCCGCCCCCUUCAGCCGCCCCCCCAGCCCUCGCUGCAGCCCCCGCCCCAGCCCUCGCCGCAGGCCCCCACGGUCGUCCCCCGCGUCCCGCUGCGGUUCCACCGGAAACGCUCCCGCUCGGAAAGCGACAGCGAGAAGGUGCAGCCCCUCCCCAUCUCCAGCUUCCUGCGAGGGCCCCCCGCCGGUGCCAACAGCUCCCCCCACAUACCCGCCCCCUGUGCCACCGCCAAGCCGGAGCCCAAGUUCCCCGUGCCCGUGCCCCUCCCCAUCCCCCACCCCCACCUCGCCCCGGUGCCUAACGGCGGCCCCCCCAAGGUGGGCAAGACAGUCAUCAUCUCCAACAAGGCACUGAAAAAGACUCUGGAGCAGCACGGGGCCGCCAAGAGGGCGUACACCAAGGCCCCCAAGCCCGGCGCCCAGGGCCGGGACCGAGUCUCCGCACACCCGCACGGCCACCGGCCCAACUCCUCCAAACUGUACAAGAAGCCCGUGGAGAAGAAGGGCUGCAAGUGUGGCCGGGCCACGCAGAACCCGUCGGUGCUGACCUGCAGGGGGCAGCGCUGCCCCUGCUACUCCAACCGGAAGGCUUGUCUGGACUGUAUCUGCCGCGGCUGCCAGAACUCCUACAUGGCCAACGGCGAGAAGAAGCUGGAGGCCUUCGCCGUGCCGGAGAAAGCUCUGGAGCAGACGCGGCUCACCCUGGGCAUCAACCUCACUAGUAUCGCCGCGGCGGCCCUCCGCACGCCGGCCACCAGCUCGCCCGGCAACACCCUCCUCAACGUCACCACGGCGACGGGCGCCCCCGUCACGGCCACCUUCCUGUCGGGGGCGGGGCAUGACAAUAGGGGCUUCGACGACUCGCUGGAGAUGCGGUUUGACUGUUGAGGUCUCCCACAAACCCCUCCUCCUCUUCCUCCUCCUCCUGGUGAGUCGUCACGCACAUUCCCCCACCAAAGCCCCGCCCCCUCAGCUCCGCCCACUGGGCGUGGUCCGCCGGGCCGAGCCAGCAGGGAUCUGCAGCGGCGGAGCCGGAACAAGGCAGCUACAGUGAGCGGCGAGAGCGCCAGGAACUGCACCGUGCUCCAGCAUACAGAGAAGAAGAAGAAGAAGAACGAGGAGAUGUAGCGUUACUGUACGUGCAGAGGUUUCAUUUCAGUCGGGGUAGAGAUGUUUUGUUUUUUAAUUUCCUCUCUACUAUGGGGUAACGUGUAGAGCAUGUUGUGUAGCGACGGCCGGCGUUGUUGAGCGUAUGCGUGCGCGUGUGCAUGUGAGUACGAGCGCGAGGGGUUUGGUUUGGAGACACUUAACAGCAGGCGUGGAGACGAAGACAUCAUCAUCAUCAUCAUCAUCAGAGACUGGUGUAAUUUAUAUAAAAAAUAAAAAGACCUUUUUGUACAUGGACUUAUCAGUUUCCAUUUAAGAAGACGUUUUAUCAUAUAUUUUAUAAGUUACAUUAAAACCAAUGGAAGCCGGUGAGAAAGGGAGAAAACCUGCUUUCAACCAGAGAAUUUUCACACCGGUGACAGAAAGACAGGAAGGUGUGGACCGAGCGCCUCGACCACAGCUACAUACACAUGAGAAAAUCUAUCAAAUUACUGUGUUCGUCUGGAGUGAGUUCAGUUUGUGACAGCUGCGUACAAAGUUCUUUCAUUUCAGUGUUUUUCUAAGUAAUAAUUUGUAAUAUAUUUAUAAAGGAACGGGUUAAAAUGGUCAAAUCUUCAGACUGUGGCCGAGGGUCGCUUGUGGCCCCCGACUCACUAUAAAAAUAAAGCGAAUCUCACCACUUUUCAACCAGGAUGUGAAUCUUAGGACCACCAGCCACACCCUCCUGUUUGAUGUUCUUACUCUGAGCCGCCUUCUCAUGUUACUGUAACGGUACACAGUGGGAUGUUUUAAAUCAAAACGGUGUAAGCAUAUCACAUGGUUGAGCAUUGGUUAGCAUGUUCUUCCCGUGUGUUUGGAUCUCCUCUUAAAAAAAAAAAAAACGAGGGUCCUUGAACAAGACCCUCGGCCCCCACUAGCUCCCCUCGAUCGCCACACAGUGUGGCUGCAUACGGAUGGGUCGAGUCGGGAAAGAAAUUCCUCCUAAAGGGGAUUAAUAUACUGUAUGGUGGAUUAAAAUUAAGCAACGCUGCAGAAGAAUCCACCACAGUUAGCCUGAGCCUGACCUGUCAUACCACACUCUGCCACAAGGUGGUGCAGUGAGUCACAACCGAAUGACACGAAUGGUCAUAACACAGCAGAAGAGCAACAUACUAUUUAAAAGUAAAAUAACCACAAAAACUACCAGAAAAUGUGCAAAAUGAAAGCUAAUAAGUUUCCGAAAUUGUCCAACAAGAUGCAAAAUAUUAAAAUGCAAAGAUACUGAAAUGCGUAAUUGCCUCAGAUUUAAUAAAUGUAUUGCUGCUCAUGCAAUGACAGUUGGUCACUGUAAAAGUACAAAAAAAAAACCCACAAAAACAAUGCAAGACGCAAGUAAAAAUGUUACAAAUAUCAUCCACACAGACAAUAUAAUGUCAAUACUUUAACAUGA